ACAAGCUCACGGUUACCAUGUCUGAUAAAGGCACUAGUUCAGGUUGUAAACGAAGUCGACCAGAAGAUUGGGGCGAGAUUGACCCUUCUCCAGUUGUCCAUGUCCGUGGCCUACCAAGACAUAGUGUGGAAUUUGAUGUCGUCAAAGCAUUUGAGCCUUAUGGGCGUAUUCGUGACGUAACGAUGAUGCCUCAGAAAAAACAAGCUUUGGUCGAAUUUGAAGAUAUAUCAUCAGCUGAAGCACUUAUAGAAAGAAAUCCUGAAAUGAAAAUUCUGAAUAGCCUGGUUCAAAUCAGUUUCAGCACAUCAAAACAUAUAGUUCAGCGGGCUGCAAAUAGAGCUCCUGCCGAUGAACAAAGUUCGCUCUCAGCAGAUAAUCAUAUCCUUCUGUUUACAAUUUACGAUACUGAUCGUCCUAUAACUGUUGAAACAAUUUAUCGAAUAACGUUUUCGUACGGUAGUGUCCUUCGAAUAGUUAUCUUCCGGAAAUCCCAGGUUCAGGCAAUGGUGGAGUUUAGAAGUAUACAAGAAGCGCGCAACGCAAAGCUCCACUUGAAUGGUGCAGAUAUUUUCCCAGGAUGCUGUACUUUAAAGGUAGACUAUGCUCGUCCAGCUCGAUUAUCUGUGCCCAGGAAUGAUCAGGAUAACUGGGACUUCGAGAAAUGUGAACGUGACCCAUCCUGUAAUUUUCAAGAUGAUCACUACCAAAACUCGCUUCUCGGUUAUAUGGAUGAAGGUUAUUAUGAUUACGAACAUCCUUAUGGGCAGUAUCCAUACGAAAAUUCGAACGAAUACGGACGCCCAUACCCCCCAGAAUGUAAUAACACACCUGUGGGACCUCAUAAUUUUCCCACACUAAAUGGUGCUCAAAAUAGGAAUAAAAGUUUCAACUCCACGCCAGUGGUUAUGCUGUACAAUAUUGAUAUUAAGAAAAUGAACUGCGAUCGCAUAUUCAAUAUUUUGUGUAUAUAUGGCAACGUCAUCCGCGUUAAAUUUCUCCGUACUAAAGAAGGUUCAGCUAUGGUUGAAAUGGGCGAUGUUGAAUCAGCUACCCGCCUUAUACGAAAUUUGUCAGGUGUUUCGUUUAUGGGUAACCAGUUAAUGGUACGAACUAGUAAGCAAGAUGUCAUUUUGGAUGUUUCUAGUCCAUUCCAGUUGCCCGAUGGUUCUCCUUCUUUUAAAGAUUACAGCAAAGAUCGUAAUAACAGGUAUACUACAGCAAUCAUGGCUAAAAAGAACCGUAUUCAUCCACCUUCACGUACACUGCACUACUGGAAUGCUCCUCCUAAAAUUUCGAAUAACGAGUUAUUAGAGUUUGUGAGAAAAUGUGAAGCCCCUGAACCUCAAUGUAUUGAACAGUUUUCAAAAGCCUCGGAUAAAUCCUCAUCUGGUUUUAUGAAAUGGACUACAGAUGCUGAAGCAUGUGAAGCUUUGGCUUUAUGUAAUCAUCAACCUAUUAAAGAUGAAGAAUGUACAUAUCCAUAUACUAUUAAGCUGGCAUUUGCGAGUCCUAAUUUAUCUGCUGAACCCAUUCAUGUUGGAAGUGACAAGAGUAAUGAGGAAAAUGGACGAAAUCAUACCGAAUAAUUUUAAUUCACAGCAUAACAGUGGACACUGGGACUACGGAAGUUCAUAUACUACCUUUAUAUGAGAGACAAAUUACCACAACUGAUCAGUCCAAUGAACAUUCGUCUCUUCAAUAGUUCGUAUGGAGUCAGGUAUAUAUGUCCUACAUUGAAACCUCCUCUUCGUCACACUCAAGGACGUUUACCAGCAAGAAUUAGAAACGAACAACGUUAAUCAGCCACGUCCUGUAAUCUAAAACAUAUAAUACAAUCAAAAGAUUCAGUCUCCGAAUAUUCAUUCAGUGUUAAUUACAUAAUUCAGCUGAAUAGUACUACAAGCUUCCCUCUAAUCUCAGCUUCAGACAUUUACAGAUUAAAACUAGAGUUAUGUGUACAGAAACUUUUAAAUGCAUCUAUUUACUAUGGCACUAAUUUUAUUUAUUUUUCCUUUUACGCUUACCAAAAUGCUUCUAUUUUCCCCAUUUUUAUUUUAUUACUAAAAGGGACUACUUUAUUCACUUGGAAUUCUUGAUUAUCGUUUGUGUUACGUCUUUCAUUUCAACUUUGCAUGUGUAAUUAUUCAACUCACCCUAAUAAAUAGAUAGUCCUAGUAUUUCAUAAUAUAUUCCUUUAUUUUCUUUUUGCUUAAAAUGAUGUCGAUUUCCUGACCAUGAUUCUUAAUAAUAAUGUUUUAAUAAACAU